AACCCAAUCCCACCUCUCUUCCUCCCAUUUAGACACGCAAUUGAAUUCCUGGUUACUGGUUACUGCGCAAGGGGUCGUUAGGGUGACCAUUAUAGCUGCUCGAAUUUACCACAUCAGCUGUCAAAACACCCAGAAUGAGAUUUGAACUAGCUGUGUACAUUAAUACAACACUUAUGCUUGCCUCCGAAUUUAUGUGCACGUUUUUAUUUGUUGUUCCGGCAAAAAUCUUUGAUUUUAAAGAAUAACGGCUUUUUUUUUCUUCAGUAAAACUGUUUAAAAAGCUUUGUGUCGCUUUUGGACUUUUUGCGAUGCAUUAAUCACGUCUUAAAAUCAGUUUUUAUAUGUGAAGUUUGGACAUUUGAAUAUGAGGGCAAGCUGUGACUUAAAAGCAAAUUGUUCAGUCAACGACACAGUCUGAUUGGAAACUUACACACAUCCUUCGUUGAUUAUUAUUUUUUAUUUUUUUACAGAACUUUUUUGUUCAAAAUUCAAAUUCAACAUGGUUCUAAGAUUGAUAGCGUCAUGCAUUCUUUUUGCGACUGUGGUGGACUCACGACUGUUAAAGAAAAGACAGACGCCCUGCCCGGAGAUCUGUGAUGCGUCUCGGUGUGCCACUGUCCCCAGCCCUUGCUAUUAUGGGGAAGUGAAGGAUGACUGUAGGUGUUGCGAUGUCUGCAGCUCCGGGGAAGGUGACAUCUGCGGGCGCGGUUUGGGGGUCUGCGGUGAAGGGAUGCAAUGCGUCUUCCCGCCCGGCAGGCACCAUCGCCGGGGCUCGUGUGUGUGCUCCUCCACCGGGCAGGUGUGUGGCAGCGACGGGAGGACCUACCCCAGUACCUGCCGACUGAAAGCCGAGAACAGGCGGGCCGUGUUGAACAGCACCCCACCUGUGAUCCUCAUACAGAAGAGCCCCUGUGAUUCUGGUCCCCAGAAUCCAGACAGCCUGCGAUACAAGUUCAACUUCAUUGCGGACGUGGUGGACAAGAUCGCCCCGGCUGUGGUGCACCUGGAGCUCUUUCGCAGAUUGCCGUUUACCAGCCAGGAGAUCCCCGUGUCCAGUGGCUCAGGUUUCAUUGUGUCUGAAGACGGCUGGAUCGUAACAAACGCUCACGUUCUCUCGAACAAGCAGCGCAUCAAGGUGGAGCUGAAGAAUGGAGAGCAUUGCGACGCCAAGGUCAAAGACGUGGACCAGAAACUGGACAUUGCACUCAUCAAAAUCGAGUCAGAAACCCCUCUGCCGGUGCUCCUGCUGGGGCGUUCGGCAGACCUGAGACCCGGGGAGUUUGUGGUCGCCGUGGGUAGCCCCUUCUCGCUGCAGAACACAGUGACCACUGGCAUCGUCAGCACCACCCAGCGUGGAGGCAAGGAACUGGGUCUCAAGGACUCAGAUAUGGAGUACAUCCAGACUGAUGCCAUCAUCAACUAUGGAAACUCCGGAGGACCCCUUGUUAACCUGGAUGGUGAAGUCAUCGGUAUGAACACCUUGAAGGUGACGGCUGGAAUAUCCUUUGCAAUCCCUGCAGACAAAAUACGACAGUUCCUUGUUGAAUCCUACGAUCGACAAAUAAAAGGAAAGACCCUUUCAAAAAAGAAAUACAUGGGAGUCAGAAUGCUUCAGCUUUCUUCCAAUCUAAUCAGAGAGCUCAGGGACCGUGACAAGGAUUUUCCAGACGUGACUUCCGGAGUGUUUGUGUACGAAGUGAUUCCUGGGACAGCAGCUGAGAGCUCCGGCAUGAAGGACCAUGAUGUGAUCAUCAGCAUUAACAGCCAAACAGUCAACAUAACCGAGGAUGUUAGCAAAGCUGUACAAUCAGAUAGCAUCCUGUCUGUGGUGGUGCGCAGAGGGAACGAAGAUGUGAUGCUCACAGUUGUUCCAGAAGAGAUCGACUGAAACCAGAAAUCAGUUUUAUUUUCCCUGUACUGCUGCAUUACACCAUACUUAUUGGAUUGCAACAUUCUCUGGUUUAUAAUACAGAUCAAAGUUUUCGUGAUCUGUUUGAUGUGUAUAAGUUUCAUUAUUCCUAGCAAACAAUUAUAUGGAAACCCCCUUGUUAUGGUUUGUAUUUGCACAUCACAUAUUGCCACUGCUAUAACACUAAGAAGUACCCUUAGAUAAGAAAUAUUGUAACAAGUCGUUAAUCAUGGUGUGCUAUGAUUAUCGUUUUAAAAUGCUAUCAAAAUGUAUUAAUUGUCCCUGGAUUUUAAAAUGAUUUAUACAGUGGUCAUGACGUGGCAGCCAGAAAACUAACACAUACCUAAUCCACUUCAUAGCUCCCCUGUUCAUAACCCAUUGGCUUCCAAUAAACUGAAUUUAAAACCAUGA